GCUAGCAAGGUCACAAUGGCUUCGGCAGCGAUGGCGUUGAGAGGAGCAGCUCUCCUCUUGCUCCUGGCGUCGGGGAGCCACGCUUUCCUCGCCACGCCCCUGAACGCGAGCGACCCUGAUGUCGUCAAUAUCCUGUGUCCGGACCAGACGACGGGCGUGACCCGCGACCACAAGUGGAUCACCCGCGAGGCCAUCCGACGCAACAUCCGCCGCUUCUUCCUGGAUUACCCGCCGUUGACGCAGCCGGACUUCAACGUGCCCACCGACGCCAGCCUGACGGAGCUCUACCGUGCCUACUACGGCGCCGCCUCCUCGCCCGUCCGCUUCGUCAAGGCGGUCAACUCGGUCGCGGCCUCCAACGUCAAGGCGGACUCCGUGAGGAAGCUCAGGUACGACCCGGCCUUGCAAGUUGAUGGAGAGCGGCUCGAGGACACCGAGGAGGCCCUUGGUAGCAGGUACUCGUUGAUCCUCACCUCCAUCCUGCAAGACGAGGCCUACUCCGCCGCUCGCGCCCUCCUCGGCCUCUCACUCCACACCCUCCAGAAGUUCUACUCCCACUCCACCUGGAUCGAGCAAGGGAACGAAGGCAUUUUACCUGACCUGGGUUUUCCGGGUUUUGUUUUCAACGCCACAGCGGGUCCUGAGGAGGUUGUGUGUACCCCUUGUUCUGAUACCCAGGGUCCUUGCACCGGAAACGUGGUAAGCGGAGCCGGCCUUACCACAGGGUAUUACCAGUACGUGGAGGAGGCUGCCAAUGGGUACCUUGUGUCGAAACCCGCGAGUGGCGGCAAGUGCAGCCACGGCGGGGUCCUGGACGACAGCUCCUCGGUGCCUGCAGAAGGAGGGAUCAACAAGGACACGGCCUCGCCCUGCUUCUCGCCCCACUACCACUUGCACGAGAAGGCGGCCGAGCUGGCGGUGCAGGCUACAGACCACUACCUGAAGGUGAUCCUCGACGCUGUAGGGAACGAGAAGUACCGAAGGCUCUUCGACCUGUACCAGGGCUCGGCGCUGUCCAUCGUCAUCGACACGACGCAGUCCAUGGGCAACGACAUCGCCGCCGUACAGGACCAGGUCGCGCAGAUCGUCAACGCCUCGUCUCCCGAACUGUACAUUCUCGCACCGUAUAAUGACCCGAGAGUGGGCCCUCUGACGAAGACCGACGACCCCGAGGUGUUCCUUGACGCCGUGAACGCCCUCCACGCCCAGUACGGAGGAGACGCCCCCGAGCUCUUCUGGCACGGCCUUCAGCUGGCUCUGAGCAGCACCCCGGACUACGGAAACGUUUUCUGCUUCACGGACGCGGGAGGGAAAGACGGCGUCAUCAUGGAGAGCAUGAUCGCGCUGGCCCAGAGUCGUGCCAUGAAGGUCAACAUCGUGUACAGCGGCAAGAUCACCAGCUCGGCGGCGCGUCUGGUCACGGGCGUCCCCGAGUACCGCGAGCUCGCCGACGCCACCGGAGGUCUGUUCAUCCCGUCCAACAAGUUCGACGUCGACUUCAUCACGCCCAUCCUCGGGGACAGCGUCGAGAGCUCAGACGUAGAUAUCACGGUGUUGAAGGACCUGACGGGGGCGCAGGUCAUUGACCUCCCGAUCGACGAUUCCAUUCUCGACUUCACCAUCCAUCUCGCUGGCCACAUGGACAAGGCUGUGUUGCGGGAUAUUACAGGGACGGAAUACAACCUGACGGACGUCGCGGCGCUGGAGGCGACCCCGGGCGUGGAGGUGGUGGCCUUCGCAGAGGCGCUCAUGGACCUCCGCUGGCUGGCUCCUCGCUACGGCAUGUGGGAGCUGCACCUGGACAGCUCCUCCAACUACAGCUUGUCCGUGACUGCCAACUCGACCCUGGCGUGGCUGGGGGAGUUCUGCAUCCUGGACCCGUCGCCGCCGCACCCGCACUACCGCCCUGCCGAGGGACGUCCGCUUACCAACACCGUGUACUACCUGGAGGUCAUGUUGGUGGGAUACCUGGAGAGCGAGGUCAUAGACGUGCACCUUGUCGAGUUCGUUGAUGUGUCCGGUUCGCUCCUCCGCUCGAUCCCUUACAGCGAGGGAAUCGACGACGUCUUCUACAUCCGAUCCGAACCUCUUCCCGAGCAGCAUUUCUACAUGAAACUCUACGGCAAAGUCCACUCCGGGAACACCUUCAGCCGCCUCCAGCCCGUGCUGAUCUCCCCCGUGAAGGCCAGCGUGGAGGUCCUGGCGACGUCGGCCGACCUCUCCGCCAAGCCCGGCCACACAGCGCAGGGGGACUUCCUCGUGACCAACUUCGGUCUCGAGUCGGACUUCAACAUCACCGGCACAGACAGCGGGAAGUUCCUGCAGUAUAUGGAGCCCGCUGUGAUCCACCUGACGGAGGGCGGCAGCGGGACGGUGACGGCGCACUUCAAGGUGAAGACUGACACCGCCCCUGGCACUGUCAGCACGGUCAUGGUCACGGCACAGAGCCUCAAACAGACGUAUUCUGUCAACACGGCCAUUACCCACUUCCACGUCGUGCCGAAGACGGUGGAUGACAUUCCCCCGACCUGCACUCUCGCCAGCGAACCGGACUGCACCGGGUUCACCUACAACGGCAUCUGCAGCCAAAAGAACUGGACAGUCGAAGCAACUCUCCAGGACCUUGGCUCUGGUCUGAGCAACGUUUACGCUCGUCCCGAUGGCUUCGCGUCCGUGGUGGCCGGGCUGGCUCCUGGCACCAAAGAACUGGUGAAUGUGACGUACUCUGCCGACUGCUGCUCCUCUCAAGUGGAUAUUAUUGGUGUGGAUACGCAGGGGAACGUUGGGAAGUGCGUUAUCGACAUGGGGGCUCUGGGAGGGUACAUCCUGGACUUGGAGGCAGAAGACGUGGGCGAGACGUGGGUGCUCCUGCGCUGGGAAAUCACCUCGUCUGACCUGGAUCUUCACAAGUACCGCCUCCUAAUCAACAACGACUUUACGGAGGAAUUCUUGUGCUUGGAGUCCGUCUGCCGCCGCAACGUGACCUACCUCAACCCCUGCACCCUCCAGUCCUUCGAGCUCACGCCGCACUUCUACGUAGGAGAGGCAGACCGUGCAGGGCAGCCGGCGUUCACGAAGGCCACUACACUGGACACCGAUCCUGAAAUGCCCUCCAACGGCGAGCAGGUGAACGCCACCCUAAGUACCAUCUCGGUAUCCUGGGACGCCGUCAGCUCCAAAUGCGUCAGCCAGUUCGAGGUGUGCUACCGCCCCUUCGGCUUCGACGCCUCCGAGAUCUGCGAACGGACGGCGCUCUCGACCUACACGCUGCUGGGGAUCGAGGCCUGCGCCGUCUACCAGGUGUCGGUGAGGGCGCUCUCCCCCUCGGGACGUCGCAGCCAGGCGCUCGAGUUCUUCGUCAACAGCGAGGAUGCAGAGCCCGAAGCCCCCCGCAACGUGCUGGUGGACCUCGUGAAGAAGGACUCGGUCACCAUCACGUGGGACGAUCCUCUGCUUCGGGUUCACUGCAUCGACAGAUACGUCAUCACUUACGGCGAGGUGAAGAAAACGGUCCACCUCGCAGAAGCGGCCGUUCGAGGUGAGCACUUUGCCACGGUGUCACCUCUUCUCCCUUGCACGAACUACACCAUCGACGUGUUUGCAGUCUCGGUCACGGGGAAGUCAGGGCCGGGUGUGAGGCGAAGUGCUGCCACGCUGGAAGACCCAGACCCCGAGCCCGUCAACAGCCUCCUCGUGAGCAACGCCAACACGAGCUCCCUGCACGUGGCCUGGGCGUCUCUGGAGACCUGCGUCGACCACUACCACGUGUGCUACUACGAGCCGACCACGCCCUACGAAACGUGCCAGGAUGUAAAGGAGAAGGAGAUUAGCCUCCGCGACCUCAAGCCCUGCACGCCUUACACGGUUCUCGUCAACACGGUUUCCUUCUCGGGAGUCGUCAGCAACAGGACGGCUCAGUCGUCGCGCACGCUCGAUGUCCAGCCCGGGGAGCCCCAGAACCUCAGAGUGACGCGGGAGACGGCGCACUCCAUCGAGAUCGACUACGACCCCCCGACGACCCACCCCCAGUGCGCCAACGAGUACGACAUCCAGCAGAUCAGACUCGACGGCCACCGACGUUCCUCGCGGCCCGAGUACCUUCACGAGAGUAUCUUCUCCGACAUGGAAGCCUGCACGAGCUACGAGGUCCGCGUGCGAGCCGUGUCGAGCGAUAAGCAGGCCAGCCCGUGGGUGUCGACCUUGGCCUCGACCACGGAGGACGUCCCGAGCGAGCCACGGAGCUUCGAGGUGCUGGAAGCGACCGCCUCGACCGUGACCCUGGUGUGGUAUCGACCCGAGGAGAACGGUCGAUGCGCGAGCCAGUAUGCCCUCGAGUGGUCAGCUCCUGACGGGUCCUCCUACUCCAAGACGGUGGCGUCCUCGGAGUUCCAGGCGGAGGAGGACGUGGCCGGCCUGAGCGCGUGCUCCGAGUACCACUUCAACGUCACAGGACUCACUGCGUCUGGUGCUCGAGGGGCGCCGGCUUCCCUCAGCGCUGUCACCGCCGGCUGCCUCUAAUCCUGGCGCUGGAGGCUAAAAUUUUAAGGGGUGGAAAAAGGAACUUCAUUUUAUAUAUCACUGAUUUGUUGCGUCUGUAAAUGUGGGUGGGAGUAUUUUUCACUGAAUUCUCAUGUUUUAUGAAACCGUCAUUACAGAAUCAUUAAUGUUUACUUGUUUGCAUCAUUCACCAUUGAUAUACAAUUUGCAUAUAAUUCGGAAAAGCCAUCCUGCGUAUGUAUUAUUGUAUUUUGGGCAAAUUAUCCUACCCAUGAAAAAGGAUAUUGAAUAAAAUAUAUCUUUAGUUGUUGGUAAGGACAUAAAAAUAAAAUAUUUCCUUGAUUUAAA